CCUAUCGCCAUUGGCCGCGACCGCGAUAAUCAUCCGUUGAUACCCUUGCCUUCAUAGCCUUUCCGGCAACGUCUGACGCCCGAAGGAUGACUUGAGGCAAAGCUGGUACCUCUUGUCCCAGGGCGACAGAAAUAUAAGGCGGCGAAUGCUGCUCUUUUCCCGCUGCGGAGGUGCCUGAAUUCGACCUUCUGCAAGCCCACACAACCCGUAUACAAUAUCAACCAGCACUCCAGGUCUGCCCCUCUGCCGGAGCGACAAGCAUCAAGUCGUGCGCUGAGCCUCGUUCCGACCGCCCGCCAUGAAGUUCAUAGAGCCUUCCCUAGGGAAGGGCAAGUUUCGACUGAACCGCCCGAUCAACCAAAACUUCGUGGUCGGCGCCAUCCUCUUCUGCCUCCCGGGUAUCUAUCUAGCACUGACCGGUCUGGGUGCCGGUGGUGGACGUCCGUCUUCUCAGACAGUCGCCUCCACGACCAAUGCAGUGCUGUACGGCCUGUUCUGCCUCUUCGGCUGGAUCGGAGGCGCCAUCCUCAACCUGGUUGGGCCCAAGUUCACCAUGGCUUUCGGGGCCCUCGGCUAUCCUCUGUACGUGGGCGGCCUCUGGUACUUUGACAGACAAGGCCACUCCUGGUUCCCAUACUUUGCUGGUGCAUCUCUCGGUGUGACCGCAGGUUGUCUCUGGACGGCGGCCGGGUUCGUGCAAUUUGCCUACGCCGAAGAAGAUCAGAAGGCUCUGUUCAUAACCUGGCAAUGGGUCUUUACCUCGUUCGGCGGCACGAUCGGGAGCCUGAUCGCAUUCGGGGUCAACUUCCACCAGACCGAGUCCACCGGUGUGUCGAACGCCGUCUAUACUGUCUUCAUCGUCAUCAUGUGCAUGGCCAUCGUCAUCGCCCUGGUCUUCAUCAUCUCGCCCAGGAAAGUUGUCCGCGACGACGGCACUCACAUCGCCAUCUUCACGCAGCCGCGCGUCAUGGACGAAAUCAAGGGUCUCAUCAUGUGGUUCACCGACUUCAAGAUCCUGGCCCUGAUUCCCGGCAUCUUCGUCGCCGAGAUGAACCUCGCCCUCCUCUCCAGCAUCAACGGGUACUACUUCAACCUGCGGACGCGGUCGCUCAACAAUGUCAUGUUCCAGUUCAUCAUGAUGCCGUGCCCCUUGCUCCUGGCGUACGUGAUGGACACAAGCUACAUCAAGUCGCGCCGGACCCGAGGCAUGAUCGGCGCGGUCAUCGUCGGCACGAUCUGCCUGGCCACCAACGCUGGGUUGGCUGCGUGGAUCACGAAGAACGACGUCAACCGCCAGACCCACACGCCGCCCGGCGUCGACUGGUCUGACAGCGGGUUCGGCGCCGGGUUCGUCCUGUACUUGCUCUCCGGAAUCAUCUACGCGACCUACCAGAUCGUGGUGCAGUGGACGCUCGGCGCGAUGUCCAACGACCCGGUGCAGUGCUCGCGGCUGGCGGGUCUGUUCAAGGGCACGACGUCGCUGGGCAUGUGCAUCUCGUUCGUGCUCGACUCCAAGAACGUGUCGUACAUCGACCAGCUGAUCGUGCAGUUCACGCUGUAUGCGGUGGGGCUGGUGUUCCUGCUGGGCAUCAUCUGGUUCUGCGUCAAGGACACCAACUACUUUCUCGAGGAGAACGUCAUCGUGCCGCACCGCUGGGAGGAGCGCGCGCGUAUCGAGGGCCUCGUCGCCGAGGAGCAGAUCGAGCGCGAGCACCAGAAGGAGAUGCUCGCGCAGCGCGGCAUCGCGGUCGACUCCAAGACCGUCGGCGAGGUCAUUGAGAAGGGCAUCAUGCCGUAAGUGGGGAGGACGGGUCAGUGGGGGCGCGGUGCCGUGGCAGGACUGGGCUGGGCUGAGCGGUAUCAGACGGAUGUUAUAGAAAGUAAGGGACAGACGACCCGGGACACGUAGACUGGGGUUUCCGGUGGGCUACCCGUGCAAACACACCGGAGAGAUAGAACCCGUGAAAUGAAUGAGAAGGGCCAACACGGGCGACGACGAG